AUGGCUUCAGAUGCUGAUAUGGAGGACUAUGGAUUCGAGUAUUCCGAUGAGGAACAAGAGGAGCAAGACGUUGACAUUGAGAAUCAGUAUUACAAUUCCAAAGGUAUGGUUGAGACUGAGCCUGAAGAGGCACUUUCUGGGUUCGCUGAGGUUGUCAAGAUGGAACCAGACAAGGCUGAAUGGGGUUUCAAAGCGCUUAAGCAGACCGUCAAGAUUUAUUAUCGUCUAAGUAAAUACAAGGAAAUGAUGGAUGCGUACAGAGAGAUGCUUACAUACAUCAAGUCAGCAGUGACACGGAACUACAGCGAAAAGUGUAUAAACAAUAUCAUGGAUUUCGUCUCUGGAAAUGCUAGCCAGAACACUGGCCUGUUGCAAGAGUUCUAUCAGACCACCUUGAAAGCUCUUGAAGAGGCUAAGAAUGAGAGGCUCUGGUUCAAGACGAAUCUAAAACUCUGCAACAUCUGGUUUGACAUUGGUGAAUACAGACGGAUGAGUAAGAUCCUGAAGGAGCUCCAUAAAUCUUGUCAAAAGGAAGAUGGAACUGAUGAUCAGAAGAAAGGAAGUCAGCUGCUUGAGGUUUAUGCGAUUGAAAUUCAGAUUUACACUGAAACAAAGGACAACAAAAAGCUCAAGCAACUAUACCAGAAGGCACUUGCCAUCAAAUCUGCGAUACCUCAUCCAAGGAUCAUGGGUAUAAUCCGAGAGUGUGGUGGAAAGAUGCACAUGGCAGAGCGUCAGUGGGCAGAAGCUGCCACAGACUUCUUUGAGGCUUUCAAAAAUUACGAUGAAGCUGGUAACCACAGACGUAUUCAGUGCCUAAAAUAUCUGGUUCUGGCGAAUAUGCUGAUGGAGUCGGAAGUGAAUCCAUUUGACGGGCAAGAGGCAAAGCCGUACAAGAACGACCCUGAGAUCUUGGCAAUGACGAAUCUGAUAGCAGCCUACCAAAGAAACGAGAUCAUAGAGUUUGAGAGAAUCCUAAAGAGUAACCGGAAGACGAUCAUGGACGAUCCAUUCAUCAGAAACUACAUGGAAGACCUGCUGAAGAAGGUGAGAACACAGGUGCUGCUGAAGCUGAUCAAGCCGUACACAAAGAUUGGGAUUCCGUUCAUAUCAAAGGAGCUGAACGUGCCGGAGAAGGAUGUGACGGAGCUGCUCGUGUCGCUGAUACUGGACAGUCGAAUCGACGGGCACAUUGACGAGAUGAACCGUUACUUGCUGAGAGGUGACAGUGCCAAUGGAAGGAAGCUUCACAAGGCGGUUGAUAAAUGGAACACACAGCUCAAGUCUCUUUCUCUUAGUAUCACAAACCGAGUCUGUUAA